AUGAACCUGACAGAGUUUAAUCAAUCUGAACGCUGUAAGCAUUUCUCCUGUCCAGAGCGAUCUGUAUCUUCUGCAGUGUAUAUAUUACUGUAUGUGUGUUCAGCUGCUGUGGUUCUGCUAACAGUGUGUGGAAAUAUGCUUAUCAUUAUCUCUGUUUUUCACUUCAAGCAGCUUCACACAUCUACUAACAUGCUUGUGCUCUCUCUGGCUGUGUCAGAUUUUUUUGUUGGCAUUUUUCUAAUGCCCCUAAUUUUAAUCUGGACUAUUGAGUCAUGCUGGAUUUUUGGGAGAUAUUUCUGCAGCAUCUACUGGCUAUUUAGUGGUCUUCUCAUAAUAUCGAGCUACACUAUUGCUCAGAUUGCUGUGGAUCGGUAUUUGACCCUCUCAAACCCCUUUCUCUACAUGAACAUUGUCUCUGUAAGGAUCACUUGUGUUGUAAUUGUUGUUAACUGGAGUGUAGUGCUGGGCUAUACCAUAUUACUCCUAUAUUUUAAUGGAAACUUUAAAAGUUCUGCAUUGUGUCCUGGAGAGUGUUUUCUCUUUCUCAAUGAGGUUUGGACUGUAAUUGAUCUUGUAUUUUCUUUUCUUUUUCCACUUUCAAUCAUAAUCAUAUUGUAUACUCUAGUUUUUGUGAUUGCUAAGAAACAUGCCACUGCUAUCAGAGAGCUUAAUAAUCACACACAGCCUAAAGCACAGGAAAUUACUCCACACACAGUGAAAUCUGAGAGAAAAGCAGCUAAAGUCCUAGGCAUUUUAGUGUCUGUGUUUCUGAUGUGUUUACUUCCAUAUUUUAUUUACACUUUAUUAGCCAUUAUUAUUGAAUUACAGUUAGAAACAUUUUGGAAAGUUGUAAUUAUGUUUUAUUUUAAUUCCACCAUUAAUCCAUUUAUUUACGCAUUGUUUUACCCAUGGUUUAGAAGGUGCAUUAAAAUAAUUAUAACUCUGCAAAUAUUUAAAACAGAUUCUGCAUUAAUUAAUGUUCUUUUAUAA